AUGAGCUGGAUACUGAUAGUCGACCGAAUGAUAGGAGAUCCCAUUGUGGCUUUCCGUCGGUCAGCAGCAGUCAGCUUCAGCGGUCUCCGUGAGCUUUGUGAGUGGAGGAAAACAGUGAUCAAGGUCUACCAAAUAGCCGGAUGGGUGUUGGCUGGAGCACUGGUCGCUAUAAUUGUGAUCGUGGUUUUCCUCGUUAUUUGUAAGCGAUAG